GACGAUUCUGAAUUCUCUAUUAUUCUUCUUUUGCUAGGUUCUCACAUAAACCAGAAACUAUGGAGUAUGAAGAUGAGAGGAGUGAAUACAACACUUCAGAAGUUGAUUGGGGACAAGAAUCUAACCCGUCAUGGAGUGGAGAAGAAGAUUACGACUAUGGCUCUUGGGAAGGAGAAACUGAUUCUGAAAUCAGUCUAGAAGAAGUAGAUGAACGUGAUGAAGAGCCUUGGUAUGAAGAGACGAAUUCAGAUGGUGCUUUCGAAGGAGAAGAAGGCCAAGUUGAUGAUGAAAUCGAACCUGAACCACCAGACCACUCUCAAGACGACGAAAGCCACAAGAGUUGGUGCGGAGCAGAAACCAACCAAGAGGAAAGCGAAGGAGAAGGCUGUGAAGGAGAUUCAUGGCGUGGAGAAACUGAAUCCCAAUUCAGUUUAGAAGAAGACUUGCCGAAUGGAGAAACUCAAAUCAGUCACGGAGAUGAGGGCUUCAAUCACCAUAGAGAACCAGACCAGUUCAUAGAAUCUUACACACAAGAAAGACCAUGGUGUGAGAUACCAUACUCUGAUCAAGAGGAAGAUCGCCAAGAAGAAACUGAUUCACAAAUCAGUUUAAGGGAAGACGAGUCACAUGGUGUAGAGACAUGGAGUCAUGAGGGUGAAUCUAACUAUGGUGAUGAGUCAGAUCGUGGGGAGGAAGAAACAGACCACACCAAAGAUCAGCCCACACUAUGGGGUGACGAAGAGGACUAUGAGCCACAAUAUUUAACCUUUUCAGCUCAACAUCAACAGGAUAUGCCAAGUUAUUCCUACACUAAGCCAAGGAGAUGGAUUCUCGCCACAACGCCAAGAGUGAAGGCUACACCUAAGAAAACCUGCAGCCCUAAGCCAAAUAAAACGUUUUCACCUAUUCUAGAGGAAAAAGGAGAGGCUAAGCUACCAACUCGAGUAAAGGCUGAACCACCAAAAUCAAUUUCCCAAGCUAUAACCUACAAGUCGAGUACAAAGUCAUUGCUUAAACUACAACGCACGGGAACACAAGGUCAGACAAAGGAGCAUGAGGCUGAAGACGUUGAAGGAGGCAUAAGUAUUGAGAAGCCACCGGCUGCUCAACAACCAAUUCAAACCCGAGGUUCGGCCGGGAGGAGGCACGAACGUGCGUCAAUGGUCGCCGGAUGCCGAGACGUCCGGGACGGGACGCUACAGAUAUCCCCUCUUGGAAGGAUUGAGAGCAACCUCACGACUACUUGCCAUGCUGUUUUGAAGAAAAGUGAGGAUGAAUCCAUUGAAGUUGAGGACAGUAAUGCUGAUUUUGUGCUUGAUCCCUCGACACGCAAUCUUAGUGUAGACCGACACCUGGGUGUGGAUCGGCACUCCUCCGGUACAGAAGCAGAAUCGACGUUUGACGAAGCAGAAUCGAGUGAGCUCGAAACAGAGGAGUCGACGCUAGACAGUAGUGUCGACCGACACUCACCUAGUGUCGAUCGACACUGGACAUGGACUGCACCAUAUGCUCUUGUGUUUCCACUGCGACCUAAGAAGUCAGAGCAAGAAAUACGGGAACAACACUAUAGGUUGAUGCUGGAUUCAAUUCUAUAUGCUUUACCUUUGAUGAUUGCUGUAACCUCCAAGAUCCACUUCAAGAGUAUGUCGAGAAGAUGAUUACUAAUGGCAUUAGAGCUGAGGAUAUUAGCUUGCUUACAAAAGACAUCAGUGCUAUCUUGGUGUAUGAGGAUCCAGAGAAGAAGCCGACCAAGAGGCUGUCAGUGGCUAUCUCUGAAUUAGUCAGUGCCAUGAUUCAGUGUAGCAUCCUAGAGAAGUUACCUGAU